AUGCGUGUCGACAUUCUCACUAUGAUUAUCAAGGUGGCGAUAUAUACUUCCUAUGAGGAUUUGGAAAAUUUAAGCUUUGGAAAAGAAACAUGGCAGUCCUCGACAUUUUCAGACGGGACAAGUGAUAAAGCUGUUGACGGUCAUUUUGAAUCAUUAAAGUGGGAUGGCAAACAGUGUUCAUUGACAAUACCGUCAACAAAAGCAACAUGGCGGGUGAACUUGGGGAGAGUUUACGCGAUUGACCACGUAGUUUUCAUGUUCCGGACUGAUAACUUGCCCUGGGGACCCGACAAUGGAUUCACGGCCGUAUACCUUGGAUUUUACCUGUAUAUCUCAAACACAACUAAUCUUGAAGAUGGAAUUCUUUGUCAUCACGAUACAACAUUCACGAAACAAACCAUUCCAAAAUUGUUAAAAGUUAAAUGUCCUUACUCUGGACAGUUUGUCAUAUACUACAACGAGCGUCUCCCUGGAGUUAAAUAUCCCCCGGGUUAUUCUACUAAGGCUCAGACGGACUUUUGCGAAGUACAGGUUUUUGGUUGCCCUAGUCCCGUUGCAUAUGUCCCACAAUGCACAAAACCAUGUCCCUCAAACUGUGAAAAAUGUCACUUUCGUACAGGGCUAUGUUCUAAAUGUAAACCUGGAUUCGAUGGCGUCGAUUGUGAUAUAGGUGAGUAUCACUUUCACCUCUUUCUAUUACU